UAAAUUAGGACCUUUGCGUUUCUCUCCUUCCUUCCUUCGAGGCUUCCGUCUCGUUCUCAGAGAUUAGAUUCUACGCAACGCGCCACCGGAGAGGAAGAUUAGCGUGGACUAGGGAAAUAAGAGAAUCGAUUCGUUUCCAAUAAUCGGAUUGGCUUAGGAGAUGGUGACAGGCGCGAUCUCCGCCAUGGCGGCGAAACAAGCCGAGCGGUUAAAGGAAGACGGCAACAAUUGCUUCAAGAAGGAACGUUUCGGCGCCGCCAUUGAUGCUUAUACAGAGGCGAUAACUUUGUCACCCAAGGUUCCUGUUUACUGGACUAAUCGAGCUCUCUGCCACAUGAAGCGAAAGGAUUGGACUAGGGUGGAAGAGGAUUGUCGUAAAGCUAUUCAGCUUGACCAUGAUUCUGUUAAGGCCCACUACAUGCUAGGACUUGCUUUAUUGCAGAGGGAAGAUUAUGCUGAUGGAGUCAAAGCGUUGCAAAGGGCUUUAGAUUUUGGAAGAGGCGCAAAUCCAACUGGAUAUAUGGUAGAAGAGAUAUGGGAAGAGCUUUCUAAGGCAAAAUACAUGGAGUGGGAACUGCUUUCCGCUAGGCGCUCCUGGGAAUUGAACAGUUUGAAGGAAACCUGCGUGGCUGCUCUUAAUCAACAACGUGCUUUAGAUAUGUCUCGAACAGAAGAGUCCUCGGAAGAAGACUAUUCUUCCCAUACUGAGCAGCUGAGAUCUCUUGACCGAGUGUUUGAGAAAGCUGCAGAAGAGGACAAACCAACCGAGGUGCCAGAUUACUUGUGUUGCAACAUUACUCUUGAGAUAUUCCGGGAUCCUGUGAUUUCUCCAAGUGGGGUUACAUAUGAAAGAGCAGCUAUCCUUGAACAUAUUAACAAGGUGGGAAGGUUUGAUCCUAUAACGCGUGAGAAACUCGAUCCAUCCAAACUCGUUCCAAAUCUGGCUAUCAAAGAGGCAGUGGCUGCUUAUCUAGACAAGCACGUUUGGGCUUACAAGAUGGGUAGUUGAUUCAAAAUGUGGCUUGAACAUACACACAAUGAAGCGGAAGAGAUAUAUCUAGUUUGAACAAAACAGACCGCCCGUUUUUACCUUUUCAGUUUCUCUGUGUUUUUUGCUUGCCCAGUGGGUUUAAGUGUAAGAUACUCUUACCUUGUAUAUAUAUUUAUAUAUAUUGCACACAAUGUUGGCUUUUGGGUUUAA